AAAAAAACUACAACGCAAAAAAAAAAACAAUAAAAUUUAUUUAUUGUAUAAAUAUUAAUUCAAAAAAAUUAAACAAACAAUUUGUAUGAAUUAAAAAUAAAACAAAGUGAGAGAGAUAUUUAAUAUACGUUGGCGGUGUUGCUGCUGAUAUAUUUGGGUUAGAAACAUUUCUAUCGCAGUCGUCAUCACAUUGUAGAAAAAAAAAAAAAAAUUCACCUGACGUGGAUUAUUUUAACAUAAAUAAAUAAGAAAGAGAGAAAGAAAGAUAUAUACAAAUAAUUAAAUAAAUAUAUCUAAAGUAAAAAAAUAAAUAAUGGGAUUGACUGUGAGUAGUUUAUUUACAAAAUUAUUUGGUAAAAAGCAAAUGAGAAUAUUGAUGGUUGGACUUGAUGCUGCCGGUAAAACAACAAUAUUAUAUAAAUUAAAACUUGGUGAAAUAGUAACAACAAUACCAACAAUUGGAUUUAAUGUUGAAACUGUUGAAUAUAAAAACAUAUGUUUUACUGUUUGGGAUGUUGGUGGUCAAGAUAAAAUAAGACCAUUAUGGAGACAUUAUUUUCAAAAUACCCAAGGUCUUAUUUAUGUUGUUGAUAGUAAUGACAGAGAUCGUAUAUCUGAAGCACGUCGUGAACUUGAUAAUAUGCUUAAAGAAGAUGAAUUAAGAGAUGCUGUAUUACUUGUAUUUGCUAAUAAACAAGAUCUUCCAAAUGCAAUGACAGCUGCUGAAUUAACUGAUAAACUUGGUCUCAAUGAAUUACGAGGACGUUAUUGGUACAUCCAGAGUACCUGUGCAACACAAGGUCAAGGACUUUAUGAGGGACUUGAUUGGUUAAGCAAUGAACUUGCCAAAAAGUGAUUUAAUUAUCAUCAACAUCAUCAUCAUUAUUUAUAUUAUUAUUAUCAAUGUACCAAGAAUAUAUGUUUAAUUAUUAUUAUCACUUUUAUUUUCAUCUUCAAAAGUUUUUGCCCCUUUUUUUUUAUCUCAUAUUCAUUUGGUACAUUUAAUAUGAUAUUAAUGAUAAUAUUGUAAGACUUAUUUUAUGGUCAAUAAGGGAAUUAAUUAUUAAUAAUAUUUUUUUUUUGCUUUGUUUAUGAAAUAGUUAAUAAUAUGUAAUAAUAUAAAUUAUAUUUACAAAAAUAUUAACUUUGUUUUUUAAUUAUAUACUACUAAUAAUUAAUGGCAACCUUGAUACAAUCUUUCAUCAUAUUCCAAAUGUAAAUAAUAUUAAAAAAUGAAAAUAAAUUUGAAAAAAUUAAACAACUCAUUGUUCGUUAGUAUUUUUAUAUUUAUUAUUAUUUUUAU